AAACAUUUGUUCGAGGAGACCUCGAGUUGGUUUUUUAGUUUGAUAAGCACUCUUACUGAUGUAUUUAUGAUCUAUAACAACAGUUAAGAAAUACAGAAAAGGCUGAAGAAAUGAAGGCGUGAUUUGUAGUUUCUGACACUUUCAGGUAUGGAACCGCGGGCUGUUGGAUGAGCUAAAUGUUUUGGUUUUUUUAGCUGAAUGGUUUGUUUUGGCUAGUUAAGGUGACAACUGACGUCACAAGACAAGUUGUUUAAGGUCGGUGUUUGAGAUCAGCAGGGGUUAAAAUGAACUGGCAAGAAUCUGUUCGCGAAACGGAUGUUUUACAUUUUCAAAAUACCGUCUCAUCAAAAUAGUGUCUGAUAAAAAUGACCCAAAAAAUAAACAAACCACUUGCAAAACGUCGUUGUUGUACCUAUUAAGACGUAAUGGCUGUAAAUGACCUGAGUCCUGGACUGCUAGCGCUGAACUGAGGCAAAGUUCAACUCUUGUAGAUCAAUCUGUAAGGUUACAUUUGGUUUGGGUGUCAUUUGUGACGCUCAAGUUAUUCAUGAUAGUUUGAAUAUAUUCCGCUUCAUUUAAUGAUUUUUCACUACUCUAAAGAUUGCGAUCAGCCGUAUUUUAAAUCUUCAUUCUAUUCUUUAAGACUUAGAAAAGUAACAAUUUUAGGAUCGUUUAUGGCAUAAAACCAUAUUAGGGGAGAUUUAGGCUGUAGUUUUAAAUCAUUUGACCUCAGACUAUCUUAAAAGGGAUUAGCUAGUUUUAUGUAGUUAAACCAAUAUAGACACUUUAUAUCUGGACAGAAUUAUUAUAUCUACUAAUCAAACAUUAUAGGAACCUGCUUGGGAUUUGUGAAACCGUUGUCCUACUCGUGAAAACUCAUGAAAUUGGAUUUGAAAACUUUUUUUUUUGUUUGAGAUAAUUAUUUUUGUUUUUGUUUCUUGUGAACUAAUGCUACUAAUAAUACUAGUACUUAAUAAUAAUUGGUACUAAUCUUUUAGUUGAAUUAUUGCAAAACAGUUUUUACCUCCAAUGGUGUUCUCUGGUGUUAAUAUCUCUAAACAAAUUAGGAUAUAUAUGGCAUAAAAUAUAUUUUUUCAACCUUUAUUAUAGAAGUAGAAUGGUUAUUGAUGUAGAAGGUGUGCAAUUCACCCCUCAACAUAGUUAUCAGCCAGCCAUCAUUUUUAUAGACCUGCUUAAUCUGUUUAAGAACAAGGCAGGGUUGGCUAUUCCUGACAGAGUGGGUGAGAUGCUGGGUUACCUCAGACAGAUCCAUCACAGGGCAAAGCAGAGAUAAGCAGAGGUGUCCUCACUCUCAGGGUGAUUCAGAGUGAUCAAUAAACCUGACAUGCAUGGUAUUGGACUGUGGGAAGACUCUGCACGGUCUAGGUUAGGUUAGGGUAUAAACCCAGGACCUCCUUGUUCCAAGGCAGCUGUGCUUACAGCUGUGCCUGUUAGCAACCACAAUGUUAACAGAAAAGAGUAAAAUAUAUAUGAUUAGUUUAUUUACUUUUGAGGUCUCAUAACUUUAGCAUAAAGUCUGAAAUAUGUCAGGAAACAGAGAUGGGCAGAAGCAGUAAAAGAAAUCCUCCAAAAGUCUGAAGGAGCUGAGUGGUGGAGAUGCGGCGGAUGGCUCUGUGAGGUGGAAGCUGGGAUGCUGCAGCUCUGAGGAGGAGCUACGUCUGGGUCCAACCAGGAGUUUUGAGCAGCUGAAUAAUUACAAUGGGAGAUUAAAGGAUUUUUUUAUACAUGCAUGAAAGGAUCGAGACAACACUCCAGAAAUGGACAAAGUGGUGCAGCAGUCACUAUAAUGUGUAGCGUUUGCUGUCCAGUUUGCAUCUGAUUUGAGGGGCAGAGGGUCUCACCUAUUCCAGCCUGGCAUUACACUCAUCCACAACGGUUCCACAGGUCUUUGACAGAUGCAGAUAAAACUGAGUCAGGACUCAUGACCUGGUUACAAGUUCAUCUGUGCCCAUCAGUGAUGUCUGUGAGCGCCCUCCUGCGAUGCACCUCUAGGUCACAGAGGCAGCAGGCGAUGGCUUUUCUAGUCCAGCAGAGAGCUCUGUCAGCUGCAGAGGCUGUCAACGCUCUCAGACCAUUUUAUUUUGCUGUUCAUCCAGACUUCUUUGGUCAAUUCCCCAGAGAACGGGAAGUGAAUGAAAAUUCUUUGAAGCAGUUAAAUGGCUACAUGGAAAAUUUGCAGAAGCCUGGCUUGAAGUUAGUUCGGCCAAUAAAGCUCACCUUUUAUAUCAGGGACACUAAGGAGAGCAGUGAGAAGCAGCCAGGCUUUGUCUCUUCAGGUUUCCGGUCCGUGAGUUUCAUUCUACACACAAAUGAUAUUUUCAGUACCGUGAUGAACGUGCUGACAUCCUGCAGCUUGCCUGUGGAGCACAUAGAGAGACAUGAAAAAAGCUUUGGGACAUGUAAAGGUGGGCCUGACGGAGGAGGAUCUUUUCAUAGACCCAUAAAAUGGGAUAAAAGCUACUACACCUUCACUGGGUUCAGAGAUCCUGAGCAGGAGCUGCAGCAGACCAAGAGGAUGGAACCUACACUCCAUGGUUGGCUGAGAAACAGCGAACCUGAGGCAACAAAGAAACACAAUGCUAGUCUUCCACGGAGAGAAGAGCUGAGCAGACUGAAGAAAGAACUGUGUGAAAAGUUUCUUUUGGCAGAUAUCAGGUGGCAGCGCAGCUGGGGAGUGGCUCAUAAGUGCUCUCAGCUUCAGAGUCUGACCCGACUGUCUCACCAGAACCCAGAGGACCUGCUCAAUCUUCAGGGCCAUACUGUUGUGUUCGCUGACCAGUCGGACAUGAAUGCUUCUGGAGACGUCAUGUUGGGAACCAUGGAUGUUCACCAUCAGUGGACCAAAUUAUUCCAGCAGCUGCCCAGCUAUCGGAGUCUUCAGCAGCAAACAGACUGGUUGAAGGAAAGAAUCAGUUGCCUUCUGGGUGGAUCCCAAGUAAUCCACCUCGGACCAGUCCAGCCUAUCGCUGAGCACUACAGCACGCUAAAUGCUUUUCACAAGAGCCUGAUGUCCCAACGCCUGCACCUGCAUCCCAGGAGCCUGCAUGGCCUUGCCAUGGUGCUGGACAAUGAUCGCUCUGCACCUGGUCUCCAUGAGAUGGGGCACUUCAUUAUCCCCAUCAACUGUGACCCUCUCAAGCUCCAGCUGUUCCUCCAGAGCCAGGCCCCUGAGGCCAGAAGUCGCACCCUGCAAAGACAUCAUCUAUGUGGAGGCGCGUCGGAUCCAUCCAGUCUUCUACACAUGAUCGGCUACAUUCCCUGCUCCUCUCUGAUUGGGCGUCUAAAUUCCAGCCUUGCAGCAACAACAGUUGCAGGUGGAAGAGGAGGCAGUGGUGCAGCUCUGUGUCCAGAAGUUGUCUCUGAGGGGCCUCUCCAAGGAGCCCAGCUUGAGCUCCAGUCACAUGAUUCUCUGCUGCAGGAGGCUCAUAGAGCAGCAACCCCCACUGCUGCAGGGGCUGCAUGUCUGUGUCUCCCACUUUUACUCUGUUAUGCAGGACGGUGACCUGUGUGUCCCCUGGGACUGGAAGAGCUGAGACAAUCCUUCAGAAUUUAUAUCUAUAUAUACUGUCGUGUUUUAUGGCUACUGUGGUUUCACCUCUGAGAAAUGUUUUGGAUCCACAAUCUAUAAAUAAGAGAUAAAUGUAAAACUAGAAAACACAGCAAACCACAGAAACUGUAUGUUUAAGUUAAGAAUGUGGAAAACAACAAUAAAACACGGUUGUUCUAA